UGAAGUUUCAGAGUGCGCGCGAUUGUCUUUUGUUGUCUGAGCACGCGCCUCUCCGAGCUCUACGGCGGUGCUCGGGGGGAAAAAACGAAACUAUUAAUUUAUUUCCCCUACACUACACCAGCAUUAUUAGCAGUGGAAGCAUGUCGGUGGGCAUCGAGUUGGGCUUUUCUAACGACGAGGUGCUGAGCACGCGCUUCCCGCUGCAUCGCGCCUGCAGGGACGGAGACGUGCGCGCGCUCUCCUCGUUGCUGCAGCAGCGCCCCGGUGACAGAGCACAGCUCCAGGCGGAGGACUCGUUCUACGGCUGGACUCCCAUUCACUGGGCGGCACACUUCGGAAAGCUGGAGUGUGUGCUGCGGUUGGUACAGGUGGGCUGUGAGGUGAACGCUGUGACAACCCGCUUUUCACAGACUCCAGCGCAUAUCGCUGCGUUUGGAGGAAACCCAGAGUGCCUUGUAUGGCUCUUGCAGGCUGGUGCUGAUAUCAACAGACAGGAUUACAUGGGUGAAGCCCCAAUCCAUAAAGCUGCAAGGGCAGGUAGCAUGGAUUGUAUCAGUGCCCUGUUGUUCUCAGGUGCAAAACCAGAAUUAAGGAACACAAAUGGAUUGACUGCGGCCGACCUGGCCCGUGCACAAGGCUUCCAGGACUGUUCUCAGCUUCUGUCCAAUGCAGAAAAUCAGCUUAAGCACAUAAACAGAUUUGGCUCUAAUGGAACUGACCUCACCCACAUUCAAGGGCGGAGCCUUCUUAAUGGGGUAACCAAUAGGAAGAGGCUCCAUGAUUGUUCAGAGCCAAAUCAUGUCAAGAAAGCACGAGUUGAUGGCAUGGAUUUUCCUCUGAAGACUGUUAGUGUGAUGGAGGAGGAUGUUGAAAAUAUGCAUGUAGAGUCUGCCCCAGACAAACAAUCAGAUGGCACCAUAGAAAUAGCCACAGGCUUAAGCAAUGGCUACGCACAACAGAGGAGUUUUGCUACAAAUGGCCAUUGCCACCCACACCAGCCUGACUCGCCCGAGCUGGGUAGCAACAUGUGCGGCUCACUGCACCUUACUGACAGUCCCACCAGCUACAUGUCCCACAGGCCCUUGUGGACCACGCUCUCAUCAGAUUUCAACGAUCAUCUGCACUACGGUCACUACCACGGCUUUGGAGACACGGCCGAAGACCUGGAGGACGCUGGAAGCCAGCACGAGCACAUUACAACUGUGAAGCUUGAGCAGCACUACAACCAAGAGGUGUUAAAUGCCAUGCAGCUGUUUCAUGGAUCAUGAAGGUGUUAGAGCCUGUCUGUUAGUAUAAGAGUGGGCAUAAAUAGCCCCCAAGUCGCCUUAAACCUUAAUCAGUUUACCCCGACUUUGCUCUUGCACCUUAAAACAUAAAGGGGUUUUUGUUGUAGGGAAACACCUUUGUACCAAAGGGUUAUUUGUGUUUUUGUAUCUGACAUUUUGUGUGUUAAUUCUGUGUUGUAGUGUGUUUGAAUAAUAGAUGAACUGAUAAUGAUUAAGUAGAGCUACAGUGAAUAAAUGAGUACUUAUCUGUGGUGCAUUCAGCUUUCCUUAUUUUUUUUCUUCUGUGUGUUCUCACCACAGAAGAUUGAGGACUUAUUUGAAUAGCCUUUGUAUGGUUUUAUGUUUUUUCCGUUCCUAUGUACGUGGCGGGGUUGUGCCAGUAUUUUCCCCUCCAGUAGUUUGGCACUAGCAUUAUAAGAUGUAUGGAACAAUUUGGUUCCUGUUCCUAUUUUUUUUUCUCUGACAAGUUGUCUAAAGUGGAUUAUGUAAAACUGAAUUGAAAAGUAUUUGUUUUGAGAAAAUUUACAUUUUUGAUAUUUCUUCAAUCGUUUGUGCUCUCAUAUAUAAUAAAGUA